CGUGCUCUCCAGGGCAAGUUUCCUGGGAGUGUCCCUCCUCUCCACGGACAGAGCAAAGUCUCCCGCUCUCCAACAGAUGCUCCCCUCACAGCUCUAAGCGCUAGUACCCGCUGGCGGCAGCGCAGAGCCCGGAGGCAGGCGCGCUCUGGUUGGGGGACCCCGCUAGGAAAUGCCAGCAUCAGCAUGAGAGGCUGGACUCCAGCCCCGGUCGGUCCUCACCCCGGGGGGCCGCUGCUCCGCCCGGUGCGUCUGCGAGGAGCUGCUCACUUUUCCCCCUCGCGACUCUUUGUUCCAAGCCAGAGACUGCUCGGAUUCUCUAAUUAACUCCCUCCGCUGCAAAGGGGUCCGGAGGCUGGGAUGCUCUGCCAGCUUGAAAGAUGUUGACUCUCGAGUGGGAGUCGGAAGGACUGCAAACAGUGGGUAUUGUUGUGAUUAUAUGUGCAUCUCUGAAGCUGCUUCAUUUGCUGGGACUGAUUGAUUUUUCGGAAGACAGCGUGGAAGAUGAACUGGAAAUGGCCACUGUCCGGCAUCGGCCUGAGGCUCUGGAGCUUCUGGAAGCCCAGAGCAAAUUUACCAAGAAGGAACUCCAGAUUCUUUACAGAGGAUUUAAGAAUGAAUGUCCCAGUGGUGUUGUUAAUGAAGAAACCUUCAAAGAGAUUUACUCACAGUUCUUUCCACAGGGAGACUCGACAACAUACGCGCACUUUCUGUUUAAUGCAUUUGAUACGGACCACAAUGGAGCUGUGAGUUUUGAGGAUUUCAUCAAGGGUCUUUCCAUUUUGCUCCGGGGAACAGUUCAAGAAAAACUCAACUGGGCAUUUAAUUUGUAUGACAUAAAUAAAGAUGGCUACAUCACUAAAGAAGAAAUGCUUGAUAUAAUGAAAGCAAUAUACGAUAUGAUGGGUAAAUGCACAUAUCCUGUCCUCAAGGAAGAUGCUCCUAGACAACAUGUCGAAACAUUUUUCCAGAAAAUGGACAAAAAUAAAGAUGGAGUUGUUACCAUAGAUGAGUUCAUUGAAAGUUGCCAAAAAGAUGAAAACAUAAUGCGCUCCAUGCAGCUCUUUGAAAAUGUGAUUUAACUUGUCAAAAGCAUCCUCGAUCAAACAGACAAAUGUGAACUAUUCUACCACACUUAAAGUUGGAGCUACCACUCUUAGCAUAGAUUGCUCAGCUUUACACUGAGGCAUAUUAUGCAAACAAGCUUUGUUUUAAUAUAAAGCAAUGCCCAAAAGAUUUGAGUUUUCCAGUUACAAAUUUGCAUCCUUUUCAUAAUGCCACUGAGUUCAUGGGAUGUUCUAAGUCAUUUCAUACCCUGUGACUAUUCCAAUUAGAAUCUGGCAUAUAGUUUUAUUGAUUCUUUAGCCAUGGGAUUAUUGAGCUUUCACAUUAUCAGUGAUUUUAAAAUAUCAGUGGUUUUUGCUACUCAACCGGAUGUAUUCAGCCCCAGGAUUUUAAAUGGUUUUCUAAAAUAUUGGCAUCUGCAUUUAAUUUCCAGAAAUUAAUUUUCAUGUUUAUAUGCUGUAAUUCCAUUUAUACACUAAGUAAACAAGAUUACUAUAAUUAAAAAACAAACACACAGUCCCAGUUUCUAUGGAUUUGCUGCCUUCUGUUAAAGAUAUUCAUUUAUCUGGCAUUUUUUAUAACAUGAAACAAAUUAGUUCAUCACCAGAUGUCAGCAUAUGCCUAAUAAAGCUUAUUUAAUAAGCAUUUCUUAAUUUUUCAUAAUACAUAUUAUAGCCAAGGCCUACAUGAUGUAUAUAAUUUUGGAUUUGUCCAAUCCUACAGGUUGACUGUUUUCUAUUGUGUCAUUAUAUGGAGGUCCCAGAAGGUGUGGAACAAAGCAAAGAUGUUCAUAGGUAUAUGCAAAGGGUCAAGAUAUCUGUCCUCUGGUACAUGGUAAUACUUAAUGCCAAGUGAUGCCUAACAGCAUUGAAGGCCUAUUCCAUCCCCUUUCCCUUGACUCCUUCAAGGUAUCUUUGUUUUACAUGCCAUUCAGGGCCAAAGAGACCUGGACUACCCCAAUGCCUACAGAGGACAGAGAGAAAGCAGAAUUCAGUUUGAAACCAUCAGUGAGUCCAUUCUAUCCAGAACUACCAUUCCAAAACGUCACUGAAAAUGAAAAUAAAUGCUAAGCAAUUUACGUGGACUGUAUUAUGAUUUUGCUCAUCAUAGAACUCCAACAAUUCAGAUUCUUUUUGCUGAUCAUAAGCCAAAAUCGUCAAGUUGCCACAACACUACUAAGGAUACAAACACCCUCCCUGUUUUGCAGAACUCUCAUAAAGAACAAGAAGCUACAGUAGGAGGAAAUCUGCAACUGUUUUUGCAACAAUUAAUCAGGUUAUCUAUUCUGGUGUAGAGAUAGGAUGUUGAAAGCUGCCCUGCUAUCACCAGUGUAGAAAUUAAGAGUAGUACAAUACAUGUACACUGAAAUUUGCCAUCGCGUGUUUGUGUAAACUCAAUGUGCACAUUUUGUAUUUCAAAAAAAUAAAAGCAAAUAAAAUGUUUAUAACUCUA